UAAUUAAUCCCCAAGUCUUCAACUUGUCUCAGGCUCAGACCACACUGAAAAUGGCCUCCCCUACCCAACCAGAGAACCCCAGCUCCGUUAAGAGAGUGGCCGUCGUCGGCGCUGGUGUUAGUGGGCUAGCUGCGGCCUACAAGUUGAAAUCACGUGGUUUUGAUGUGGCGGUGUUCGAAGCUGAGGGGAGAGCUGGAGGGAAGCUGAGGAGCGUGUCGUGUAGUGGUCUGGUUUGGGAUGAAGGAGCAAACACAAUGACUGAGGCUGAAACUGAGGUCCAGGCUUUGCUUGACAAUCUGGGGCUUCGAGACAAGCAGCAAUUUCCAAUUUCACAGAACAAACGGUAUGUUGCAAGGAACGGCUUGCCCGUGCUGCUACCCACCAAUCCAGUUGAGCUGAUCAAGAGCAACUUUCUUUCUACAAAAUCAAAGUUUCAGAUUCUUCUGGAGCCAUAUCUGUGGAAGAAAAGAAAAACUUCUGAUGAUCACACCCAAGAAAGUGUGGCUGGGUUCUUUCAGCGUCAUUUUGGGAAAGAGGUCGUUGAUUAUCUCAUUGAUCCUUUUGUUGCUGGUACAAGUGGUGGAGAUCCAGAAUCUCUUUCGAUGCCACAUUCUUUUCCAGAGUUAUGGAACAUAGAGAAAAGGUAUGGUUCCGUUAUAGCUGGGGCAAUUCAGUCAAAAAUAUCUUCCAGGAAAGAAAAAAGUCCAGAAACAAAGGGUUCUGUAGAGAAAGGAAAGCGUCAGCGCGGUUCUUUCUCCUUCCAGGGUGGUAUGCAGACACUCACUGAUACAUUGUGCAAGCAGCUUGGCAAACAUGAGCUUAAACUGAACUCAAAGGUUUUGUCGUUAUCUUACAGUCCUGAUGGGAACACUAAAUCUGAAAACUGGUCACUUUCCUGUGUUACUAGUGAUGACAAGCAUUCACAAAGUUCAUCCAUUGAUGCUAUAAUCCUGACGGCUCCACUGUGUAGUAUCAAAGAAAUGAAGAUCACGAGAAGAGGAUCCAUCUUCCCUCUUGAUUUUCUUCCUGAGGUGACCUAUAUGCCACUAUCAGUGAUGAUAACCAGCUUCAAGAAGGAAAACGUUAAAAGGCCUCUUGAAGGAUUUGGAGUUCUUGUUCCCUCCAAAGAGCAGGAAAAUGGCUUAAAAACACUAGGUACACUGUUUUCUUCCAUGAUGUUUCCAGACCGUGCACCUAGUGAUCAAUAUCUGUAUACUACCUUUGUUGGGGGAAGUCGAAACAAGGAACUGGCAAAAGCUUCAAAGGAUGAGUUGAAGCAAAUUGUUACCUCUGAUAUAAGGCAACUUUUGGGAGCGGAAGGCGAGCCAACAUUUGUGAACCAUUAUCAUUGGAGCAAAGCAUUUCCAUUGUAUGGGCAUAACUACAAUUCAGUCAUAGAAGCAAUCGAGAAGAUGGAGAAAAAUCUACCUGGUUUGUUCUAUGCAGGUAACCAUAGGGGUGGACUGUCUGUUGGCAAAGCAAUAGCUUCUGGGUGCAAAGCAGCUGAUCUUGUAAUCUCCUAUCUGGAAUCUUCUUCAGAUGGCAAGAUUCUUCAGCAGGGAUCGUCAUCUUAGAAGUAGCCAAGUGUAUCCUUGUAAAUAGAUGUCUUUCACUUAUGUUAUUUCACCUUUGAUCUAGGUCAUAGUUGGAUGUGCUUGCGAAUAUGUAACCGCAAGGAGUCUGGUACAAAUACAUGAUUUUGUGUAUCUUUACGUAGUUUUACUCCACAACUUGAUAGUACAAAGACACAUUCAAACUGAAAAUGCAACUAAAUAUGUGGUAGUGAAGCCUCAAGAGAAGAGCAGUCAUGCAUGUGCUUCUUUCUGAGCCUUCGACCAAGUCUUUUGUUAAGCUGAGUCUUCUACUAAGACCUAGAUUUUCAUUACUUUAAUCGAU